AGCUGAGCCACAGUGGCCGUUUCUCUCUUCUCCAGUGAAUAAGCGUGGCUGUGGCGCACUGUAGUUGCGUCACUGCGUUUUUGUUUAGGGGGCUUUGCCAGCUGCGCCGACUGUGCCAAGUGCCUGCCCACUUGGACCUUUUAGGGGCUCCGACCCACUAAAAAAGCUGGCCCUGAAUGCCCGGCCGUUCCAGAACUCCGCCUGCAGUGACGAGACAGGCUGUGCACCUCUACUUGGACACAUUUUCAACUUUGUGCUCUGUGCUUCUUUUCCUUUUUCUUCUUUCUUCAUCAUCGCCAACACAGAGCCGCAGCAGGUUUCCUUGUUUUCUUUGUGAACUUUCCUUGUCUCUUUCUCAAUUAUCCAACCUUAGACUUCAAUUCACAUCUCAUCUCAUCUCUUCCGAUCGUCUCACAUCGCGAGUUAUCAGCGUCGUCACCACAUCAUAAAUAAAUACAAACCACCAGAACCAUGGCAGCAACAGAGCCAACGGCGACGCCCAAGCUGGCGUCGUACUUUUCCAAGCUCAACCCUAUUCCAGCGUUUCCCGAAUAUACCGGCCCCUACAAGGUUGGCACUAUGGAUGUAGAAAUCCCCGUAUCCGAUCUCAGCGCCCCAAGCCCAGCUCCUCCCAACGCAAAGGGAAUCGAAACCAUCCAGUUCCGCGUUUUCUAUCCCGCAGUAGCCGAAUCUACUGAGAAGCGCAUUAACUGGCUGCCUGCGCCGCAGCGACAACAUGUGGCCGCGUAUACCCAGUUCAUGGGCGUUGGUCAGACGCUCGCUGGAUUUCUCUCAUUUCUUCCCCGACACCUGCAUUACUCGACGAUCCCAGUUCAUAAAAAUGCCACCAUGGAAAAGGCGACUACAGAAGACGGCCGAUGGCCAACCAUGAUCUUUUCCCAUGGUUUGGGCGGCAGCCGCAACUCAUAUUCAUACAUUGCUGGUUCCUUGGCCUCGCAUGGUGUUGUAGUAUUUUGCCCAGAGCAUAGAGACGGCAGUGCUGUCGUAUCCUUUAUCCGUCUACAGGAUCAGGUCGGCCGCUUUUUCACAUCCAGCACUCGUCGUGUUGUCCCCUAUAAUCGCAUCGCCCACGAAGUGACACCAGAAGUUUACGAAGCCCGUGAGGCACAAUUACGAAUCCGCCUUUGGGAAAUGGGAUUGGCCCAUGAAGCUAUUCUUGCUAUGGAUAAGGGCGAAUCCUUCACAAAUCUGAACCUCUCUACGCCUUCUCUGGAACAAUUUGCUGGGCAGCUUGAUGUCCACCGACCAGGAAGCAUCAUCUUCGCUGGCCACAGUUUUGGCGCUGCGACAAUCCACCAGCUUCUCAAGUCGACUUUCUACGCCGAUGUUCCUGAAGUCAAGAACAUGGGAAACCCGCUCUUUACCCCCGCCGCCGACUGCAGCCUCCGGAAACAAGUUACCGAGCGAUCCGUCACCAUGCUUCUCGAUAUGUGGUGCCUACCACUUCUGGCGCCCAACUCGGCACCGCUUUUCAGACUUCCUCUCCCAGUUUACGCGGACCGCGCUACGUCCGCAGGAGGUUCUGCUCUACUUGCUGUAGAGUCUGAAGCGUUCUACAAGUGGACUGAGCAGCUGCACGUAAAGGCUCGUCUGCUGUCUCCCGAUCCAUCGGCUGAGAUUGUCAGCGCUGAGCUUUAUGAGAAGCCCAGCGGUAUUAAGCUUCCAGAGCCCAACUUCUUCUACGUUGCCAACUCGGCCCAUCUCAACCAAUCCGACUUUGGUGUUCUCUUCCCUAUGCUGACCAAGAGAGUUUUUGAUGCGCAACAACCCGAACGAGCCCUCCGACUCAACCUUCGAGCCCAGUUGCAGCUUUUGCGAGCCAACAGUGUACCAGUCGCUCGUACAUAUGCUGGAGAUUUGGUAGAUGGCGCUCAUGUCGACAAACUCGAUAUGCUCACCAAGGUCAGCAGCCAUCCUGAUACAGAGGACGGCAUCAACGAUGACAAGGCCAUUUUCGAUCGCAGCGGUAACGAUGUUGUCGAUCACUGGCACUGGAUCGACAUUAUUGGCCUCGGCGAGGCUGGCACUGCUGCCCGUGGGCUUACAGCUGUUGACGAGGUUGAGGCUAGUGAGCCGGCGAUGCAGGGUGAACUUGAGCCCAACCAACAGCCAGCCCGAGUAGCUGUUACAGCAGCGAUUGCUGUAGACGCCGCUGCUUAAGCGGAUUCACUCCAAAAACCCUUUUACUAUGUUGCCAUUCGAUACCCCCCAACAAGCCCAACCAUUACGGGCGUGUAAUACUAGCAUACAGCGUGUGGCGUAGGACGCCAAAACAACCGCAACAGGAAUUGCGAUACCUUUUACAUUUAGAGCAUAGACACUGGCAUUUUGAUUUCCUUUUUUGAUUUAUUGGUAUUUGGUACUAGGGCAUUUAUAUUGCCCCAUUGCAUGCGAUAGCGACCUGGAAAUUACAUUGCAUAUUCAUUUCAUUUCGUCUCAUUUGCCCCUGAUGGCGCUCCUGUCCCCCUUGUGACUUUAGCAACCCUGAAAACGACGUGAUCUUUCUCUAGCUGCAUACUCCAUCAAUGGCAGCAAGAUAUCCAUGCAUUCACUGAGUGGUUUGUGCUCCCAAUCAAGCAUCAUGUGUGCCCGUUCCGCAUCGUACCAACCUCCGCAGCGGUCGGAGCGAGGAGGCGGCUGACGCAACUCGACAAAACACCGGCUUAACAAGUCAAGAUGCUUUGUAGCGAGCGCAUCUUCAGGAACCGGCGACGUUCUGUCAUUAAAGUAGUAAUCGCCCAGCCAUGUUUUGAGACGCUCCAUAUCCUGCGCAGACAGAGGCGACGGAGGAGGGCCUGGUAUCUGGAGGAACCAUGCAAAGUAGUCGCCCGCUGCCUGAAAAGGUUGAAAGCAGAACAGGUGGCCAAUCUCUUCUGUCGACUUGUGCGAGCAGGGUUUUAGAAUUGAUGUCUCUGCUGUGAUUGCCCGCGGCACCUUGUUUGGGCACGAUUUCCAGGUAUGGCGGUACGGAACGCUUGGUCGUUUGCACCAGCAGCCCGUCUUAUCCAUUGGCGGAGGCGGGCGCAGAUUUAGAAGCUGGUAGGGACUAUUAUUUGGGAUUUCCAGCACGCGCGCCUCGAUUAUCUGUAGCAGCGAAUGCAGUAUAUCAUGAUAAAAGGUUGUCUUGGCGAUGGAGAAGGGCUCGGCCUUUUUGCUCCGCGGCGUGAUGGACAGAGACAGAGGCAUUGUGAGUAUUGAUAUUGAGAAUAGUUAGUAUGGGUUUUGAUAAUAAAUUGCGCCUGUAUUAAUACUUGUAGAAUUAAGCUGUGCUUCACUGUUAAACUAAUCCAUAGUCGCGGCCCAACACGCCAUCGUGUUAAAUGUUUGCGCUGCAGGCGACCUGUGAUACGACUCGACGCCUCCGUUACACAAAGCGGUCAAGGCCCAUGCGGAGGUGACUCGGCGGGCACUAUCUUGCAGCAGAUAUGCAAACAGCCGCCGUGGAAGAUUCUCUAUAAGAAACAGAAUCACCACGGACUUAUUGGGGCGUGGGUUUUGUCCCGCGCGCCAUGAAUGCCUGCUGAGGACCAGACAUGUCUGCUGGUAACUCACACAUUUCGUUAAAGAGACGCCAUUUCCAUCCGUCUAGGCCAGCGGCCGAAUAAUAGCUCUGUAACUCGGUUUCAGUGAAGCCGUGGCGCGUCACAAUGUGAUCAAACUUGGAUGAAUGUGCAGCGCAGCCGCUCUCCUUUCUGUCGACCCAGUCUAGAAUAAUGAGGACGCCACCAGGGCGUAGAAGGUUGGACAGGCGCUGAGUCAGGGUCGCUGGAUCUUGGACAUGGUGUAGCGCCAGACUCAUGACGAUGAGAUCAAAGUCGGCGUUCGGGAAGGGCUUGCCAGCGAGAACAUCCCCUUCGAUGGCGUGCAUCCUUUCGCAAGGGAAGCCGGCCUUUGUGGCUUCGGCGUUGUAUGCCUCAACCAUGUUGGACGAGAUAUCUAUCCCGCGGAUGACGGGGAAGUGCGUAGCAAGGGC